AUCUUAACGUACAUAUAAAAUAAAUUAGUGAAAAGAUGAUUUCUUCCCCCAACCGGCUGAUCUCUCUGUCUCGCGCGUCUUCACCUGCGUAUUCUGGGACUGGUGCUCUCAGCUUUGUGAAUUCCUUGAAUACUAGGACAAUUAGCCAAGAUGCAGAAUGAAGAAGGACAAAACAUGGAUCUCUACAUCCCCAGGAAGUGCUCUGCCACAAACAGGCUGAUCACUUCUAAGGAUCAUGCAUCUGUCCAGAUCAAUGUUGGACACCUGGAUGAAACUGGCCGAUACACUGGCCAGUUCUCCACCUUUGCUCUUUGUGGAUUUGUUCGUGCCCAGGGUGAUGCUGACAGUGCUCUUGAUAGGCUCUGGCAGAAAAAGAAAGUUGAAGUUCGACAGCAGUGAUCUGGUUGGUGAACUUCUGAUCUCAAUUCAUUCAGAGCCCUUUUUCGGUUUAUUUUAGGAUUUUUAUGUGUGAAGCUUCAAUUAUGGGCUGGGAUUGAAAUUUAAUGUUUGCAAUUAAAAUUGAUACUAUUUGACCUUUGCGAAGCUUUGGUGGUGUUUAUGUGCUUUUGAGAUAUUUAAUUGUUUUUAAUUUUAAUUUAGUUGUUUCACAUAAAUCUGUUUUGAGAUACUGGAAAAAUAAUCGAACAAAUUACUGAAUGCAUAAAGUA